AUGCCCGCCAAUCCAAACACUCAUAUCCCCGCUGGUACACCAUACUUUGCUUUAUCGCUUUCGCAUCGUCCGCCCAACAUCGAAUUGCCUACACCUUGCGAAGUUCUUCGUGAUACGUUGCUGAAGCGUUAUGAUGUUCUUGACAUGCGCUUCGCCGUCGCCUUUGGCUCCCUCACACAGGAUGAUGCAUCUAUACUCGGUCCAGCGCGCUCACUUCUCGACUGGAACGAGCGCUACAAAUUUUGUCCAGCCUGCGGCUCCGCGUUAUACUCAGCGUGGUCCGGCCAUAAGCGUAUUUGCAGCUCAUUGUUAUCUACGCUAGCCAAACCAUCUAUGUUCGUCCAAUUGAGUGGUCAAGUCCCCGCUCACGAAUGCAUCUCUUGGACUUCAAUGCAGAAUUACACCUACCCGCGAACGGAUCCGGUCGUGCUUGUCGGCGUAGUGAAUGCAACCAAUGACAAGAUCUUGCUCGGUCGCAAAAAAGGUUGGCCUAAUGGCUUUUAUUCAUGCAUUGCUGGAUUCGUUGAACAAGGAGAAACGAUCGAGGACGCUGCGCGUCGAGAAGCUAUGGAAGAGACUGGUCUGGACAUUGGCCAUGUCACUUAUCAAUGCUCACAACCGUGGCCCUUCCCUGCACAGCUCAUGUUCGGCAUGUUGGCGCAUGUCAAGGCGCCUGAUGCUCACAUUCGUCUUGACCUCGACAACGAAUUGGAAGAAGCCUUCUUCGCCUCUAGGUCAGACGUGCUCUCUAUCCUAGAAAACCGCCAUAAUAAAGAGGGAAAUGGAUUCCGUCGCCACGGGCACACUGUUACUGUACCAGGCCGUAGAGCUAUGGCUCACAUGCUCUUGAGCAAGUGGGCCUCUAAGCACGUGGAGGGGUCAGAACAGAGUAAGCUUUGA